AUGGCUGGAUUUGGAGGAGGAGAACUCAGGGCACCAAUCUUCAAUGGUGAAAAUUUUGAUUUCUGGCAAAUCAAAAUGAAAACCAUUUUCCGUUCGAACGACCUGUGGGAUAUUGUGGAGAAUGGGUACAAAACUCCGAAGAAAGAGGAGAAGGAGCUCACAAAGGAAGAGAGGAAGCUGAUGCGUGAGAAUGUGGUGAAGGAUGCUAGAGCUCUGGGUAUUAUCCAAGGGGCUGUAUCAGAUCAAUUUUUUCCAAGAAUAGAAACUCAGGAAACUGCAACGGCUGCGUGA